ACUUGUGCACAGAAAACAAAGAAAAAUAGCAACUUUCAAACCAUUGGACUGCUACAAAUAUUUCAGAAGACGACAGGCGACAUUACUCCACCGUUCUUUUCAGCAAUUUAAUGUCAACAUGGGGGCUUGUCUCGCCUUGUGCUCUUUAGCCAGCUGUGCCUCCUGUCUGUGUGGGUCAGCACCAUGCCUCCUGUGUGGCUGCUGUCCCUCCUCCAACAAUUCCACUGUCACACGGCUGGUUUUCUCCUUCUUCUUGCUGUUGGGGACCAUGGUGUCUGUCAUCAUGAUCCUGCCUGGAAUGGAGACUCAGCUUCGAAAAAUCCCAGGAUUCUGCCAAGGAGGAACUACAAUACCUGGUAUCGAAAACCAUGUCAACUGUGAUGUCAUAGUGGGCUACAAGUCUGUGUACCGCAUGUGCUUCGCCAUGACAUGCUUCUUCUUUCUGUUCGCCGCCAUCAUGAUCGGUAUCCGUAGCAGCAAAGACCCACGUGCACCUAUUCAAAAUGGGUUCUGGUUCUUUAAGUUUCUGAUCCUGGUCGGGAUUACUGUUGGAGCUUUUUUCAUCCCUGAUGGAACAUUUCAUAGCGUGUGGUUUUACUUUGGAGUCAUUGGAUCCUUCAUCUUCAUUCUGAUCCAACUUAUUCUGCUCAUUGACUUUGCCCAUUCCUGGAACAAGGUCUGGGUUGAAAAUGCUGAAAAUAGUGACAACAAAUGCUGGUUCGCAGGCCUGCUGUCUUUCACCUUCCUCCACUAUGCACUGGCCUUCACGGCUGUGGUGCUUUUCUACGUUUACUACACACAGCCUGACGACUGUACAGAGCACAAGGUCUUCAUCAGCCUCAACCUUAUCUUCUGCGUUAUCAUCUCCAUUGUCUCCAUCCUACCCAAGAUACAGGAAGCCCAGCCACACUCCGGUUUGCUCCAGGCUUCCCUCAUCUCCCUCUACACCAUGUACGUCACCUGGUCUGCAAUGACCAACAAUCCAAAUCGGAAGUGUAACCCCAGCCUGUUGAGUCUGGUGGCAAACGUCAGCACCACCCCCUCCCCCGGUGACAGCACCCCGGGAACUGUGCAGUGGUGGGAUGCUCAGGGCAUCGUGGGUUUGAUCAUUUUCCUCUUCUGCACUCUUUACGCCAGUAUUCGUUCAUCCAGUAACACCCAGGUGAACAAGCUGAUGCAGACAGAGGAGGGCGGAGGGUCAGGAGGAGAGGGUGUGGUGGGAGAGGACGGCAUACGCAGGGCCGUGGACAAUGAAGAGGAGGGAGUGACUUACAGCUACUCCUUUUUCCACUUCCACCUUUGUCUGGCCUCUCUCUACAUCAUGAUGACUCUCACCAACUGGUACCAACCGGACACCACCACCCAGGCCAUGCAGAGCAGCAUGCCGGCUGUUUGGGUGAAGAUGAGCUCCAGCUGGCUGGGCCUCGGGCUCUACCUCUGGACCCUCAUUGCCCCUCUCAUCUUCCCUGACAGGGAUUUCAACUGAGCACACCCACUUGCUUUAGCGGGCUUUUAUUUUUCUUGCCUUGUGUAUUAGGCAGAGUGAAGGAUGCUGUAAAGGAAAUAUGAAGAAUAUCAUGAAGGAAACACUUUUAAUUUCUUUUUUUAUUCCUUCUUUCAAUUAAUUGCCUCUGCUGUCGUUGUGAUUCUGUUGUUUUACUCCUCCUAGUAUGAGUAUUUAGUGCAAAAAUUACUACAGAUUUUUUAAGUGUAAGUGGAUUUUUUAGUUAGCCCGAUGGAUGAUGGUUUUGGCUGCAAGAAAUCAUUUUAUUUGCCAGGGAAUCACCUUAAUAGACAACUCCCUACCUUCCACCCGAUGCUCUAUUAUCUCUUUGCUGGAUCUUAGUUACUGGACUAUCACAAAGACUUGGCAACAAAAGCACUUUCUCAAUACCUCAGACGUUUCCUUUUCAGAUUCCCCUUUAAAGGUCCUGUGACGUCAGACUUCUCUGAUUGGCCAGGUCUGGAAUCCCCCUGAUUAGCUGGACUGUUUUGGUGCUGGGGGCAAUGAGGAGAUCCCUCCUCAGGAGCCCCUGAGUGAGGUGAGUGUGAGAGUUAGAUAAGAGGAAUAUGACACACCCAAGAGAUCGUAACAGGGCUUCCCUUUUGCUGCUAGGCUGUAUGCAACCACACGUCAUAACAUCUUGAGCUAAAGAGCCCUAAUAGACCACUCGUCUAAUCUCAGCUCUUCCUUGUCUGCUUCAACCUAUGGUAAUUUAUCUCCGGUGCUAUGCCUCUUCACGUCUGACUGUGUUCGGCCUUGUACAGCCACGGGCAAAACAAUUUGUACCUGCAUAGCAGUCGGUGUGCAGCAGGGAGACAUGUAUUGAUCCAUAGCAGUCAGCAUCAUGCGAUGUGCAGCGGUACGGUUCAGGAGGUGACGGUGCGAACGCUUAAGAGUGUUACUGAGUUGAGAAAAAGGGAUUUUUAAUUGUCGCAGUGUACAAAUCAAUAAUGACGCAUGUCAGUACUGAUAAAUUGCUGUUAAAUGGUUAAAUUGACUCAAUAGUAUGUUGAUGGUUGUAAUGGUGGUACAGUUAUUUUAUGCAUUAUAUAGUAUUUACCUCAAUUUCAAUAUGAAUGGUAUGAGUCAAAAUAAGGCCAGAAUAUUUCCUACCUGUGAAAAAAGUUUUUUGGUACAAUCCAUUGUUUUUGUUAUGUUCUUAUAACAUUUCAGUACCCACACACAUGAAUCACAUUUCCUGUUUUUCUGGCUGCAUAAGAGUAUUGUGAAUGGAGUUUUUGAAAGUGUUGUGAUAAAUUGGAACCUUUUUUUUUCUUUUACACUGAUAUCAGUUUAAUUUAUCAAUCCCAUCAAAUGUAUCGUACAUGUUCCCAUCAUUGUUUGCAAAGGAGACUGCCAUUGUUGGAUCAUAAUAUGUUGUAUUUCAAAACACUAAUUAAGUGCCUUUUUGUAGUCCUGCGUUUCAAAGCAAAUGUAUCACUAAUGCUGAUGUGUGCUUGUUAUGCCUUGCCUUACAUUGUGCUCAUUGCAUGCCAUAAGGCACAGGCCAAUGACAGGAAUUAAUAUUGUAUUUAAUGUACAAACACUGUUUUUAAUAAAGUUCUGUCGCUCUCU